AUGGCACUUUCAUCGCAUAACGCCGACACCGAUCAAGUGCAAAGAGCAUGGUGGAAAGAAGCCAGCGUUUACCAGAUCUACCCAUCUUCAUUUAAAGACUCGAACGGAGAUGGGUUCGGCGACUUAGGCGGCAUCAUCGAGAAACUGGACUACAUCAAGGCACUCGGCGUGGACAUUGUCUGGUGUUGUCCUAUCUACAAAAGUCCUCAAGUCGACAUGGGCUACGAUAUCGCCGACUACAAAGAUAUCGAUGCAAGAUAUGGAACAAUGGAAGAUGUCGACGAGUUGAUCAGUGGUCUGCACCAUAGAGGACUCAAGUUCUUGAUGGAUCUUGUGGUCAAUCACACCUCUGAUCAGCACGAGUGGUUCCAGCAGUCCCGAUCAUCUAAGGACAAUGCCUACCGCGACUGGUACAUCUGGCGCGACCCCAAGUACGACAGUCAAGGCAAUCGCCAACCUCCGAAUAACUGGAGCUCCUACUUCAGCGGCAGUGCUUGGGAGUACGAUGAGCCUUCGGGCCAAUACUACUUGCAUCUUUUCGACAAGACACAGCCAGAUCUCAACUGGGAGUGCGACGAGAUGCGCUCUGCCGUCUACGAGACUGUCCGGUGGUGGCUCGACAAGGGCGUUGAUGGGUUCCGCCUCGAUGUAAUCAACCUCAUCAGCAAAGACCAAUCAUUCCCCGAUGCGAAGGUCACAGACCCCAACCAAACAUAUCACCACGGCUGCGAAUAUUACGCCAACGGCCCUCGCAUUCACGAGUAUCUUCAAGAGUUGGGUGGCAUACUUGACGAAUACAAUGCAUUCUCUGUUGGUGAGAUGCCCUGGGUCAGCGAUCCCGAGGAGAUUCUGAAAUGCGUUGGCUACGACAGAAAAGAGCUCAACAUGAUCUUCAACUUCGACAUGGUCGACAUGGACCACGGACCUGGCGGGAAGUUCAGCCCGAAAGAAUGGCAGAUGACAGACCUCAAGAACAUUGUCUCCAAGUGGCAAAACUUCAUGAUUGGCAGUGGCGGCUGGAACGCGCUUUAUCUUGAGAAUCAUGAUCAACCUAGGACAGUGUCUCGAUGGGCAUCUGACAGUCCUGAGCACCGCACUCUGGCAGCCAAGAUGUUUGCCACGUUCUUGGGACUACAAAGUGGUACUGUGUUCAUCUACCAGGGUCAAGAGCUUGGUAUGACCAAUAUCCCUGAGCACUGGAAUAUGGAUGAGUUCCGAGACCUGGAAACUCUGAACCACUGGAAUGAGCUUUGCGAGAUCCGUCCGACUGACAGAGAAUUGCAAUCAAUCACAAAACAACAGUAUCAUAUCAAGUCACGAGACAAUGCGCGCACCCCCAUGCAAUGGUCGGCAGAUCGCCAUGCCGGCUUUACUACAGGUGAGCCUUGGUUCCGUGUCAACGACACGUACGACUCCUGCAAUGCCGAAUCACAAGUCGGUGUAGCAGGAAGUCCUUUCGAGUAUUGGAGAAGCAUACUUGCCCUUCGUAAACAGAUGCUGGAUGUCUUCGUGUAUGGCGACUUCCAGAUGGUUGACACUGAGCAUGAGGACGUCUUUGCAUACAAGCGAACCUUCAAGGAACAGAGCGUCCUAGUGGUCUGCAACUUCCGACAGCAUGGCGUGGAUUGGAAGUUGCCGGCAGGUGUUAGCACGAAAACACUCUUGAUUUCAAACUACGACGGUAUUGAUGUCCACGAAGGAGUCGUCAAAUUGAGGCUUUUCGAAGCCUUUGCUAUCGCACAAGGCAAGGCGUUGUCUUUGCCUCGUCUGUAA